AUGGCGUCUUCUCCACCAAAUUCUCCAAGCUCUUCAGCUUCUUCUAUUAACGCGAGCAAUUCAAGCAAUUCGCCGUCAAAUUCUUCCUCAGCGUUCACUCGUUUCCUUCACAAAGCUCAACUUAUCACCGGGAUGGGUGUUACUGACGCCGAACGCGCCAAAGACUUGGAGGAGUUGAAUUUAAGAAGAUGUGAAAAGAUGAAGACCGAGUUGAUGGAAAGGAGUCCGUUAAUAAUAUUCAUGCUCAAACAUCUCCGGCUCUCUGGCUGUCAGGUUCCAGAGAAGAAUAUUUUUUGCGCACCAUGUGCAUACCUUCCACAUCCACAUGGUGCCAUCAAACUCUGUGCUGGGCACUUUUUCUCAAAACAACACGUCGAGAGCACAAUUGCUCAUGAAUUGAUUCAUAUGUUUGACGAAUGCAGAUUCAAAGUAGACUGGACGAACCUUCGACAUCAUGCAUGUAGUGAAAUACGAGCAAACAAUUUGAGUGGAGAUUGUCGCUGGACUAGAGAACUCAGAAGAGGCGAGGGGAUCCCUGGGAUUGGGUGGACGAGGGGACAUCAGGCCUGUAUUCGUCGUCGCGCUGUCACAUCCGUAGCCGCAAAUCCCGCUUGCCCAUCCCUCGCUCACGCAGAACGGGCUGUUAACGAGGUUUGGGAAAGUUGCUUUGUGGAUACGAGACCUUUUGAUGAGGUCUAUUAG